UCGCUCGAAAAAAAAUUUAUUAAUCAAGAGAGAGAGAGAGAGAGACAGAAGAAUCUCUCCCUCUUCGACAUUAUCAUUAUUCUGUAUUGCGCGAACCCGUGCCGCACUUUGAAGUAUCAAGCAGGGAAUCUAAACGAUACGGGUGCAUAUGAUUGACAUGUAUCAAUGUCCUUGUCUCUUGGAGUUAGGGGCACAAAUCAUUAAUUAAUUAAGUUGAUAACAGUGGGAGGCGGUAGAGGAGCCCUCCAAUGUUCUGGCUGUUCAAAUACCCAUUUCCUGCGUCAGACAGCACAACUCUCUGGUCUAUCGUAAAGUGUAGAAUGUUAAAAUCGGUUCUAAUCGAAAAUAUUGUGAAGAUAUCAUCAGGAUCAUUGUCAUAGAGAGAUCAGAGUUUUCAGCGAAAACUUCUUUCGUUGUGCGCAAGAAUUAUGAAUAGCAGCGGCAACAGACUCACGCUUGAUGACGUACGUAAAUUAAUUGCCGAAGACGAGUCUGAUGUUGAGAUUGAUAGUUUGGAAGAGGAGCCAGGAUCGGGAAGAGGUGACAAUUACACUUCGAUGUUGUAUCGAGUUAGGGCAAAAGGGCGCAAACUCUUAAAGAAAGACGCGUUGCUUAUUGGAUGGACCAAUUAUGAAUGCGCUAUCAUAUAUAAGAUUUUACCCGAGUCCAAGAAACGUCGUGAGGCAUUCAAGAGCGAAUUGUUAUUCAGAAAUGAAGUCACGUUUUACAAGCACGUGUGGCCCGCACUCAAUAGACUGCAGACGAAGGAUAGAAAGGUGUUCAGUGGAGUGCCAAAAAUAUAUGCCGCUAGAGCUAAUCUGAUUGCAAUGGAAGAUCUGCGAGAGAGAAACUUUAAGAUGGCAGAUAGACGAAAAGGAUUGGAAGUGGAAAAUUUGAAGCACGUGCUGAAGGCUCUAGCCGGCUUUCACGCGCUUAGCUUAACACUAAAAGAGACAAGACCGGAAGAGUUUGCAAAAUUAACAAAUCCGGAACAAGGUAUACAAGAAACGUUAUUUCGCCGAGAUAAUGAAGAUUGGUAUCGGCAGUAUUAUCGCGUAGCCGCGAAUAAUGCUAUCAGAAUGGUGUCUGAAGCGCUUCCCUCGCAUAUGGAUGACAAAAGAAAGGAGAUCAUGACAAAAUUGCAAGACUUCUUGAACGAAAAUGUGUUUUUUCGUACCAUGAGCGAGCUCGUCUCCGCGCAAGGAUCUCUCACUGUAUUCUGUCACGGCGAUUGCUGGACCAACAAUAUUCUCUUUCGAGAUGAAUCAAGCUCAGAUACAGAGGCCGUUUAUUUAGUUGACUUCCAACUGACGCGAGUCGGUUCCCUUGCUCUUGAUCUUGCGAACUUGCUCUAUUGCUGCACGAGUGGUAUUGUUAGACGAGCUUAUAUGACACAGCUUCUCCAGCACUACCAUUCCCAUCUGAUAUCCUCUCUACGUGUCCUGAAUCGAGACCAGCUGCCAAGAGAUCCAUCUGUGAUGUGGAAAUUACUAAACGAAGAAAUGCGAAGAUGCGGACGUUUCGGAUUGGGAUUAGCGUUGGACAUAUUACCAAUCAGCACGUGCGCCAGUCACGAAGCGCCAAAUUUGUACGAAACUAACAGCGCGGAAACUAGCGAGGAAAAACACAACCCAGCGGGAGCCCCGCCACCCGGUGGCGCCGAGUGCGCCCGACUUAUGACUGAUUUAGUGUUGGAAUUGAUAGACAACGGGGCUUUGUAGAUUAGAUUUUAGUGUCAUUAUUAAAUUUAAUAAUAGUGUACAAUACUAUAUGUACGUCGUAUAUAUAUAUUCGCAAUGUGUGUAUAUCCUAUAUUAUUUUUUUAAUAUUUACAAUAUACACACACUAAAAACAGUAAUACAGCAUAUAAAAUUCGACAUAAAUUGUUUUUUUUCGCGUAUAUAUGUACAUAAGCAAUGUAUACGAAGAAAAUUGAUUCAAUAUAUAUGUGUAUGAACAACAAAAUAAAAGUGACAAAUAAAAAAAAACCACUUAUAGAUUUAUUUCUAUCUCAUGGCAUUUUUAAAAUAUGUAAAGUCGUUCGUGUGAUAGUAUAAAAGUUGAAGACAACAUAAUUAAAGAACGAUAAACAAGAAAAGGAUGAAAAUUAUCAUGUAGAAAUUAAAUAAUGCGUCGAUACAAAAAGUGCGCAAUCGCAGCAGCGUGCUCCUACACGUUUAUUGCGUGUAAUCAAUUAUCAACAAGAUUCAAACUCACGAAAAAAUUAUG